UCAAAGAAGGGUCCCCAAAUGUUCCAGAGCACUGAGCUCCAGAGGGUGAGAGGAUGGAAAGGGAGAGGGAAGGGCAGCAGGUUGUAGGGUUUGGUGUCAAAGGUCCCAUUCCGGACAGUCCUUCUCCAUCCCACCCCCCGGGUCUCCAUUGCCGCGGCCCUGCCCCACCACUUUCAGCUGAGGGGUAGUUCGGAGCUCCAUGGUCCCCUCCCUAGAGCGGCCGCCCCCUCGGGCCUCCCCGGAGCCUUCGAAGAGCCGCGUGAGGAAACGGGGACCUGCCCGGGGCAGCAGAUCUCCAGCGGUGAAGACGUACAGCACCGGGUUGACGCUAGAACUGAAGAAGGCCAAAGCCGUAGUUCCUGCUCGCGCCGCCUGGCCAGCCCCGCCCAGCUUCGCCAAGGUCCCUUCCGGUGGAGCCAGCGCGGCGGCUGCCUGCAGAAGGUUGACCGCGUGGUAGGGAGCCCAGAGCAAGCCGAAGGCAAGCACAAUGGCGCUCACCAGCCGGCCCACCCGUGCCCCAUGCCGCCCGGAGCCCCAGCGGGCGCCCCGCAGCCGCGCCAGCGUCACGCUGUAGCAGCCAAGCAUCAACCCGAAAGGAAGCACGAAGGCGGUCAGAGUCUCCAGGCUCAGGUGGGCGGCGGCGUGGGCCGGCGACGGGUGGCACAGCUGGCAUACGCGGUCCCUCCACAGGUGGCGGUAGAUGGCGGCCGGAACGGCGAGCAAGAGGGCAGCCAGCCAGACGGCCAGCAGCAGGCGGCGGGCCAGGGCCGGGCUGCGCAGCCGGGGCGCCAGGAAGGGGCGGGUGACCGCGAGGCAGCGCUGCAGGCUGAGCAGGCCCGUGAGCAGCACGCUGGCAUACAUGCUGAGCGCACACACGUAGUACACCGCCUUGCAGCCCGCCUGGCCCAGCGGCCAGGCCUGCCCGGUCAGGAAGGCCACAAAGAGCGGCGUGAGCAGCAGCACCGCGCCGUCGGCCAAAGCCAGGUGCAGCACAAGCGUGGCUGCCAGCGGUCGCCCCCGUGCAGGCCGCCAGCCCGCCAAGCUCCACACCACGAAGCCGUUGCCGGGGAGCCCCAACAGCGCCGCCAGGAGCAGGAAGGCCGUGCCUGUGGCCCGCGAAGUCUUCCAGCUCAGCAGUGUCUCGUUCCCUGGGGGACGGUAACAGGCCGACAUCCUUCUGGGCCUACAGGCAGUUCUGGAAACCGAAGUCAGAGCAAUGAGCCAGCCCCUCCUUUGACCGAGGAGGAAGGAGCAGCCCCAGCACAGGAGAGAACCACCCAGCCCAGAAGUUCCAGGGAAGGAACUCUCCCAUCCACCAUGGAGUACCUCUCAGCUCUGAACCCCAGUGACCUACUCAGGUCAGUAUCUAAUAUAAGCUCGGAGUUUGGACGGAGGGUCUGGACCUCAGCUUCACCACCCCAGCGACCUUUCCGUGUCUGUAAUCACAAGCGGACCAUCCGGAAAGGCCUGACAGCUGCCACCCGCCAGGAGCUGCUAGCCAAAGCAUUGGAGACCCUACUGCUGAAUGGAGUGCUAACCCUGGUGCUAGAGGAGGAUGGAACUGCAGUGGACAGUGAGGACUUCUUCCAGCUGCUAGAGGAUGACACGUGCCUGAUGGUGUUAGAGUCCGGUCAGAGCUGGAGCCCCACGAGGAGUGGAGUGCUGUCAUAUGGCCUGGGACGGGAGAGGCCUAAGCACAGCAAGGACAUCGCCCGCAUCACCUUUGACGUGUACAAGCAAAACCCUCGAGACCUCUUUGGCAGCCUGAAUGUCAAAGCCACAUUCUACGGGUUCUACUCUAUGAGUUGUGACUUUCAAGGACUCGGCCCAAAGAAAGUACUCAGGGAGCUCCUUCGUUGGACCUCCACAUUGCUGCAAGGCCUGGGCCACAUGUUGCUGGGAAUUUCCUCCACCCUUCGUCAUGUAGUGGAGGGGGCUGAGCAGUGGCAGCAAAAGGGCCGCCUCCAUUCCUACUAAGAAGGGGCUCUGAGCUUCUGCCCCCAGAAUCAUUCCAAGAGACACACUGCAAAGACUAUGACAGCAUCAAAUUUCAGGACCUGCAGACAGUACAGGCUAGAUAACUCACCCAAUUUCCCCAUUGUCCUCUGAUCUGCUUGUGAGAGAACCUUUCAGCAUAAUGCCUCACGUCCCAAGUCUAUACCCUUACCUGAAGAAUGCUGUCCUUUCCUAGCCACCUUUCUGGCCUCCCACUUGCCCUGAAAGGCCACAAGCCUGUCCCCCAGGCAUCUUGAUCCCAGUCUGAUUGCUGCUACAUCUAACCCCUACCAAUGCCUCCUGUCCCUAGACUCCCCAGCGCACUGAUGACAGCCCUCCGACUUAACCCUGAGAUGUCUUCAUAUCCUUCCCCCCAAACUAACAAAAACAUUUCCAAUAAAAAUAUAAAAUAUUUACCACUA